CCCGGCAGUGCUUGCUUGGGCGUCUCCCGCUAUCUUCUCUUCUUCUUCAUCAUCUUCAUCAUCUCCUUCUGGGCAUGCACAAUGAUGCUAGCGAAAGCUCUUCCUCCAAUCAGCCUUAACUCCACACCCUUCCCCUCCAACUCCAGCUCCAACUCAGUCGCGUCCCCUUUCUCUUUCCGUCCCCGUCCCCGUCCCUUCGCCUCUCGGGCCUUCGGCGCUCGCCGCCUUCCCGGUGGCGGGACCCGUAAUUUCGCUGUCCGGUCGGGGGGCUACUCGAGGACGCCCUUGGAGACUCCGGGGGCCUACCAGCUGAUCGACGACGAGACGGGCGAGCGGUUCAUCGUCUGGGGCGGUAGCGACGACCCGGCCGACUCUCCUGUUCCGUCCGAGGAUGUCCUCCGGUGGAAGCCCCUGAGGAAGAGCGCGGGCGGGGGCCGUGGCGGUUCUAGUGGAGGCAAUCAUCAUGGGUCAACCCUGCCAAAAGAUGAUUCUCCUGCAGCAAGUGCAAGUGGUUUAGGCAGAAGUUUUGGACGAUUGAAAUCGCAGAGAGUCAAGGCUCUUGCUGAAAAAUCUUCCAAGCUAAAGCAACCAAGUCACAAAGAUUAUGAACCAGCAGCAGAAAAUGUACCUUUUGAUGUGCCUGAUUGCUCUUAUGCCAAAUUGGAACAACGGGGGAAAAAGAAUAAAGCAGCUAUCGUUGGACUUGGAGGAAAGGAUUCAGGUGCUUACCAAUCCAAAGCUGCCAGAGACGCUGCUGCAAGGACUGACACUGAAGAUGUUGAUCAUUCGGCGCGCCGAAUGGAGUCCGAUAAACAUGGCAUAUCUUCCACCAGAGUAGUUGGAACAGAGCAUUCAGUUCGUAGUUCUAAUGGAGAUUUCAGAGGAUGGGGCAGGGGGGUUUCCCUGGACGACUUUAGAUCUGAGUCAAAAGAUCUAAACUUGCAUAGGAAAGUUCCCUCCAAUAGUGUCUUCCACAGUCGAAAAUCCUUUGAAGAUUUGGGUUGUAGUGACUAUAUGAUUGAAUCUUUGAGUAAGCAGGGUUUUCUGCGCCCCUCGCAUAUUCAGGCAAUGGCAUUCAAACCAGUAAUUGAGGGAAAGACUUGUAUUAUAGCUGAUCAGAGUGGUUCAGGAAAAACGCUGGCUUAUCUUGCGCCAAUAGUCCAACAUCUCAGGCAAGAAGAGCUGCAAGGACUUAGUAAAUCCUUCUCAAGAAGACCUCGAGUUGUCAUUUUGGUGCCAACUGCUGAGUUAGCUUCACAGGUUUUGAGUAACUGCCGAUCCAUAUCAAAGUUUGGGGCUCCAUUCCGGUCUAUGGUUGCAACGGGGGGUUUCAGGCAGAAAACUCAGUUGGAAAAUAUAGAAGAAGGUGUUGACGUCCUAAUAGCCACUCCUGGUCGCUUUAUUUUUCUUGUUAAAGAAGGCUUUUUGGAGUUGAAGGAUCUUAGAUGCGUGAUUUUGGAUGAGGUGGACAUUCUCUGCAAUGAUGAGGAGUUUGAAGCAGCUUUUCAAAGCAUAAUCAAUUCUUCACCUGUCACCACACAGUAUCUGUUUGUGACAGCCACAUUGCCAGUAGAUAUAUAUAACAAUAUAGUUGAAAUUCUUCCCGACUGUGAAGUGAUCAUGGGACCUGGCAUUCAUCGGACAAGCCCUCACCUUGAAGAGUUUCUCAUAGAUUGUAGUGGAAACGAAGACAGUGAAAAGACUCCAGAUACUGCAUUCCUGAAUAAGAAGUCUGCUCUCAUUCAGCUUGCGGAAGAAAGCCCAGUAACCAAAACAAUUGUCUUUUGUAACAAGAUUGAGACAUGUCGAAAAGUUGAAAAUGCAUUGAAACGCAUUGACAGGAAAGGCGCUAGUACACGAGCUCUACCAUUUCAUGCUGCUGUUUCACAAGAGUCGCGACAGGCAAAUAUGAAAGAGUUUGCUGCUUCUCCAUCUAAAGAGGUCUCCUUGUUUUUGGUUUGUACCGACAGGGCGUCACGAGGAAUUGACUUUACCGGAGUGGAUCAUGUCAUUCUGUUCGACUUCCCGCGCGAUCCGAGUGAAUAUGUCCGCCGUGUUGGAAGAACAGCGAGAGGCGCCGGAGGGAAAGGCAAAGCGUUCGUCUUUGCAGUUGGGAAGCAAGUCUCCCUGGCGAGAAGGAUAAUGGAGAGAAACCAGAAAGGCCAUCCCUUGCAUGACGUGCCAGCUGCUUAUGAGUCGAUGAGUUGAGACAUCCAUGCUCUUAGAGGGAUGGAGGUCAUGCCUGUAGUAGUGCCAGCAGCAGAUUCCAUCAGUCCAUUCUUUCUUUUGUGCAGGCGACAGAGGAACAGUGCCCGGCAAGAAGUGAAAAAGGAAAGCGGGUUGUUCGGUGAGAUUCUGGUUCUCCCAUUUUGCAUCU